CACCAUGACUCCUUCAACCCCUUCAUCUGCCCCUCGAGCUCCUCGCGCCCAACACCCUCGCUUGGUUGAAGCUGGAGCAGAAUGUCUAGCGAAGGAGGAGGCAGGCAGGCAGGCAGGCAGGCAAGGCAGGCAGGGCGGGCGCGUCGUGCGUCUCCUUUCCCCCUCCGCGUCCUCCGCGCCUUGUUGCUCUCUCUUUUGAUCGCCGCGCGGAAGCCGUAUUUCGAUCGAAGCUUCUCUGCUUGCUGCCGAUUAAUUCGAGCGUCCUACCCUCAAGGGCACCCUGGCGCCAGGGCAGGCCGCCAAGCAAGCAAGCACGAAUGAACAGCGAAGAGGUGCGCGGGCUGUGAUGCUGCCCUGCCCUGUCGAAGUGGGUUCAUUCCGCGACCUAGUUCCUUGUCAACGGGGGAUAGGAGAGAGGAAGACAAACAACACCCGCUGGCCAGAGGUUGCGUGCGCGCUGCGCUUAGCAUCGGGCAUUUUGCUGCGCGCCUGCGUGCCCCCCGGCUGGCUAGCAUCUCACCGCUUAGUGAGCUCUUGCGGAGAGGAAGAGGGAGCUACGCUAAUGUGUGAAGAAAGGCAGCCUCGUCGAGCAGCGUCAGCGCGACUUCAUUGGCAACGGGACAAACAUGGACGGACGGCAGAGCUACGAGCUGAGAGGAGAAGAAAGCAGCAGCAGCAGCGGGAGACGCCGGUGAAUGAGGGGAAGAACAAAGGCACAGAUGCCGCUAGCCGCUCGGCAUCGACAGCGCUGGUCCCGCACCUCAAGCUCAGCUCUGGUUCUCGCUGCCGACCAUAUCCUCGGCUGGCCGCUGUCUUGGAUCGUCACUGUUCUUCACUGGCAGCAGGGAUGGGGGCAACGAGCUAGCGAACCCUUGGUCCCGCUUUCUCUUUACCAUCUCUCCUUUCACCAUCUUUGCCCCACCUCCCCUCAUCUUGUAGUGUUACCUCCGACAGCAGACUGAGCCCGCCUAACACCUGCGGCGUUCGACCCUCACAUCCUCU